ACAAUUGUGUUGAAAUAAAUAGAAACAGUGUCUGCUGAAUCUUUCUUUCCUGCUGUGGAAUCUGGAAUCUUUCCUGCUCUAAUCUGGACUUGCAAAGAUGAAGAUCGCCGUGAUUGGCCAGAGUCUCUUUGGACAGGAAGUGUACAAAGAACUGAAGAAGGAUGGCCACACGAUUGUUGGUGUAUUCACCAUCCCUGACAAAGAUGGAAAAGUGGACUCACUUGCGACUGAGGCAGAGAAGGAUGGCGUGCCAGUGUUCAAGUUUCCCCGUUGGAGGCUGAAGGGAAAGGCCAUCACAGAGGUGGUGGAUCAGUAUAAGGCCGUUGGUGCUGAACUGAAUGUUCUUCCUUUCUGCUCUCAAUUCAUCCCUAUGGAAGUGAUAGAUCACCCAACACACGGGUCCAUCAUUUAUCAUCCCUCUUUGCUGCCCAGACACAGAGGUGCCUCUGCCAUUAACUGGACUCUGAUUCAUGGUGAUAAGAAGGGUGGGUUUACUAUAUUCUGGGCAGAUGAUGGACUGGACACAGGACCAAUUCUUUUACAAAGAGAAUGCGACGUUGAGCCAAAUGACAACGUAAACAGCAUCUACAAACGCUUCCUGUUCCCGGAGGGAGUUAAAGGCAUGGUGGAGGCAGUCAGGUUAAUUGCAGCGGGUACAGCUCCGAGAAUCAAGCAACCAGAGGAAGGAGCCACAUAUGAGUGUAUUCAGAAGAAAGAAAAUUCAAAGAUUGACUGGAACCAGUCAGCAGAAGCCAUUCAUAACUGGAUCAGAGGAAAUGACAGAGUACCUGGAGCCUGGGCAGAGAUUGAUGGCAAAAAUGUUUCAUUUUAUGGAUCAACACUGUUGGAAAAUGACCAUUUUUCAAGUAAUGGUCAACCUCUGGAAAUCCCUGGAGCAAGUCGACCUGGUCUGGUUACCAAAAAUGGCCUUGUUCUUUUUGGGAAUGAUGGCAAGAUGUUGCUUGUGAAGAACCUGCAGUUUGAGGAUGGGAAGAUGAUUGCUGCAUCCCAGUAUUUUAAAGCUGCUCUCAGUUCCACUGUGGAGCUCUCUGAGGACGAAAAACAAUUUGCUGGCUUUGAAGAGUUCAUUCAAAUGUGUGUGAGGAAACUGAGAGGAGAGGAUGAGGAAGAAGAGUUCACUGUAGACUAUGUGGAAAAGAAACUGAACAAUAUGACAAUCCAAAUCCCACACCAGCUUUUCAUAAAUGGGGAGUUUGUAGAUGCUGAAGGGGGAAAGACCUAUAAGACCAUUAACCCCACUGAUGGACAGGCAAUCUGUGAUGUGUCCUUAGCUCAGAUCUCAGAUGUGGAAAAGGCAGUGGCUGCAGCUAAAGAAGCAUUUGAGGAGGGAGAGUGGGGCAAGAUGAACCCCAGAGACCGAGGCAAACUACUCUAUAAACUGGCUGAUCUGAUGGAGCAGCAUCAGGAAGAGUUGGCCACUAUUGAGAGCAUAGACUCAGGAGCAGUCUAUACUCUUGCCCUCAAAACACACAUCGGCAUGUCUGUUCAGACAUUCAGAUACUUUGCUGGCUGGUGUGACAAGAUUCAGGGCUGCACUAUUCCUAUCAACCAGGCUCGACCUAAUCGAAACCUUACCUUCACCAAGAAAGAACCAAUUGGUGUGUGUGCCAUUGUCAUUCCUUGGAAUUAUCCACUGAUGAUGCUGGCAUGGAAGACUGCAGCCUGCCUAGCAGCUGGAAACACUGUGGUGCUCAAACCUGCACAGGUCACACCUUUGACUGCUCUCAAGUUUGCUGAAUUAACUGCAUUGGCAAAGUUUCCAAAAGGCGUGGUGAACAUACUACCAGGAUCUGGGUCUCUGGUCGGUCAGCGGCUGUCUGACCACCCUGAUGUUCGAAAACUUGGCUUCACCGGCUCCACUGAGAUUGGCAAACAGAUAAUGAAAAGCUGUGCAGUCAGCAAUGUGAAGAAGGUUUCUCUUGAGUUAGGAGGAAAGUCUCCUCUCAUCAUCUUUAAUGACUGUGAUCUGGACAAGGCUGUCAGAAUGGGUAUGAGCUCUGUGUUCUUCAAUAAGGGAGAGAACUGCAUUGCAGCAGGGAGACUUUUCAUUGAGGAAUCUAUCCAUGACACUUUUGUGGAGAGAGUGGUCAAUGAAAUAAAGAAGAUGAAGAUUGGUGAUCCACUAGACCGUUCCACAGACCAUGGCCCCCAGAACCACAAAGCCCAUCUGGACAAACUGGUGGAAUACUGUGAAAAAGGGGUCAAAGAAAGAGCAAACUUAGUGUUUGGAGGGAAACAAGUGAACCGUCCAGGUUUCUUCUUUGAACCAACUGUUUUCACUGACGUGCAGGAUCACAUGUAUAUUGCUAUUGAGGAGUCCUUUGGGCCCAUCAUGAUCAUCUCCAAAUUCAGUAAUGGAGAUGUUGACAAAGUGCUGCAGAGGGCUAAUGCUACAGAAUAUGGUUUAGCAUCAGGUGUGUUUACACGUGACAUCAGUAAGGCUCUGUAUGUGAGUGAAAAACUUCAGGCUGGCACUGUGUUCAUCAAUACUUACAACAAGACCGAUGUCGCUGCUCCUUUUGGUGGCUUCAAACAGUCUGGCUUUGGCAAAGAUUUGGGACAAGAAGCUCUGAAUGAGUAUCUGAAGAUUAAAUGUGUGACUGUUGAAUACUAAUAAAAUACUGGACAUAUAGUGCACAACAUAAAAUGAUUGCAUUUUAGUGCUCAAAAGUAGCAGCUAAGGACAAUUUCAGUUUAGCCUUCAAGUAAAUUGUCAUGACUUAGUAAUUACAUUCGUUUUGUGUGUAAUAAUGGAUUGCAUUUCAGUUCCGACAAUUAAGAAAAUCAAAUCAAAUCACAAGUUCCCCUUAAGGCUUUAGUUCUUACUUUCCUAGUUUUACACAGUAUCUGUAAAUGUCUUACUGUAUAUAAGCGUAAGAAAGU